GACUCCUUCCUGAACUCCCCCAAGCAGGGACAGACAUACGGUGGUCCUCCUCCCACCUCCUCAUCUUCCACCUUUAGCUCCGCCUCCUCCCACCCCUCCCUCUCACUGUGUCUCUCCCCCAUAACCUCCACCCCUCCCUCCUCUGUCUCUCCCCCCUCCUCUCUCUCCUCUCUCUCUACCUCCCCCUCCUCCUCUGCCUCGCCUCCUUCCUCCUCUCUGCCCCCCUCCCUCAACCUCACCCUGUCCCCCACCUCCUCUGUGGCCCCACACAUCCUCCCCCUCUGCCUGGAGCUGGGAGGUCUGGUGGGGUCUGAGGAGGUGCGGGAGCAGGCGGGGCCUGAUGAAGAGGAGGUGAAGGGCCGGACUGAUGAUGAAGAUGUUGAUGAUGAUGAAGGUAGUGCUCCUCCCACCAAGCUGGCACUGCUGCAGACAAGCCCUGCCUUCUCCAGCACAUCUCCACGGCAACAGUCGGAUGACUCCGCCUCCCUCCUCUUAGUGAGCACGGACACACAGAGUCAACCCCCCCAGCUGACCUAUGAGAGGCAGGGACAGGCUGAUGGACAACAGACUUUCCUCCUGUCUGCUCCAGAAGCUCCGCCCCCUGUCAGAAUACCCAAUCAGCCGCCAGUGAUUUCUGGCCCCACAGGUGUUGCCAUGGACACCACAUCAGUCCAGGUGAAGGAAGAGCAGAGGCGGGGCUUAKACUCAGAGGACACCUGCAUGGACCCGCCCUCUGAGGAGGAGGCGGAUCCCGGUGAGCAGGGAGGGGAGGAGCUCGACAUCUCCUUCGACAGCCAGUUUCCUGAUCUMAUCUCUGACCUCAUCACUGAAGAGUCCAAUCCCACAGCGGCUCCGCCCCCUGCCGCCGUCACGCCGAGACCGGUCCUGUUKCCUACGGGGGUCCGGUAUAUGGUUCCUCCACAGCCGUCCCCUUCCUCCUCCUUCCUCCCGUUCCCUCAGCCGCUGCCCUCCUCCUCCACGCACCUGGCCUCCAUCACAGACUUCUCUCCAGAGUGGUCCUAUCCAGAGGGCGGUGUGAAGGUUCUGAUCACCGGGCCGUGGACCGAGACGUCCUGGCGUUACUCCUGUGUGUUCGACCAGAGCACCGUCCCUGCAGCGCUGAUCCAGCCUGGAGUCCUGCGCUGCUACUGUCCAGCCCAUGAGGCCGGUCUGGUGUGUCUGCAGGUUCAGGAGCCCGGAGGUUCUGUUUCCUCGUCGGUUCUGUUUGAGUACAGAGCGAGGAACGCCAGCUCACUACCUAGCUCCCAACUGGACUGGCUCUCUUUGGACGAUAAUCAGUUCAGGAUGUCCAUCCUGGAGCGGCUGGAGCAGAUGGAGCGCAGAAUGGCAGAAAUGGCUGCUCGCGACAACCAUCAUCAGCAACAACAACAACAACAACAACAACAACAACAGCAGCAGCAGCAGCACAGCAACCAGCUGGCCACGCCCCCUCCCCUUCCUCCUCUACCUGACGACCACGAACAGUCCUCUCAGUGGUUUGAGAGGAGGAUUGUGGCAGUUUGUGAGAGAAUGAUGAGAGGAGCACGAUGGGGAGGAGGAGGAGGAGGAGAGAGGCUUCAUCACUCGUCUCGACACCGUGGGAUGACUCUACUGCACCUGGCUGCUGCUCAGGGAUACACACACCUGAUCCACACACUGAUCCACUGGAGGACUGUAAACAGCGACAGUCUGGACCUGGAACAGGAAGUUGAUCCUCUGAACGUGGACCACUUCUCCUGCACUCCUCUGAUGUGGGCCUGUGCUCUGGGCCACCACAGGGCAGCAGAGCUCCUGUACAGCUGGAACAGUCUGGCCCUGGGGAUCCCUGACUCUCUGGGCCGCCUGCCUCUGGCCGUGGCACGGUCUCGAGGACACACCCGCCUGGCCACGGCGCUGGAGGAGCUGCACACGCAGAGCGCACACGCCUCCUCCGGGGACACGCCCCAGCCUGCGUCUCCUCUGUCCACCAGCCCGGACACAGGUCUCAGCUCCUCCAGCAGCCUCCCCUCCCCCAGUGACCCCUCCUCCCCCUCUCCCAGCUCUGCCUACUCCAGUGGCCCCGCCCCCAUGGACACCUCCCCUUCCUCUCCCUCCUCACCCUGGGGGGAGGAGCCCAGCCCGGCUGUAGUCACAGGUCUGAACCCCACAGGCUCCUCCCUCUACCUGAUGGAGUACCAGAACUCCUCCCCCUCCUACACACAUGGCCACGCCUCAGGGGGGCGGAGACUGCACACUGAGGCGGAGUCAGCUCUGGAGGAGCAGCUGCUGAGAUACAGCGAGAACACUGAGAACGAAGGCGAGGAGGAGGAGUACUUAGAGGAYGAGGUGCUGCAGGUUGACAUGGCGACGCUGGCGGAACAAAUCAUCGAGGCCACCCCGGAGCGUAUCAAACAGGAGGACUUCUCCAGAGGGGUGGAGUCUCCUCUCAGGGAGAGGCGGGACAWCCCCGCCCUCCAGGACACCUGGCUGGCUGCUUACCUGGAGACUGUGGACUCCCACACAGACCCCCCACCCAGGAGGCUGUGCCCCCCCUCACCCCUCAGUGCUCUGGCUCUCCAGAGGCUCCGCCCACCGUCCUCUGCAGCGUGGGCGGAGUUCCUGAACGCCUCGGCCAAUGGCAAGAUGGAGAGAGACUUUGCUCUGCUGACGCUGACCGACGGAGAGCAGAGGGAACUGUACGAGGCAGCCAGGAUCAUCCAGAACGCCUUCAGGAGGUACAAGGUAAUGAUUUCAUCCAACGUUCAUCCAACCGUUCAUCCAACCAAACAUCCAACCGUUCAUCCAACCAUUAAUCUAACUGAUCAUCCAGAACGCCUUCAGGAGGUACAAGGGCCGCAGGUUAAAGGAGCAGCAGGACAUGGCUGCAGCCGUCAUCCAGAGGUGCUACAGGAAGUACAAACAGCUAACAUGGAUAGCUCUGAAGUACGCUCUCUACAAGAAGAUGACGCAGGCGGCCAUCUUGAUCCAGUCCAAGUUCCGGUCGUACUACGAGCAGAAGCGCUUCCAGCAGAGCCGGCGUGCGGCGGUGCUCAUCCAGCAGUACUACCGCAGCUACAAGGAGUACGAGAGGCUGAAGCAGGCGCCUCGAGGAGCCGCCGCCCACAACCCCAAGAUCAAAGGGUCCUUCCUGACCAAGAAGCAGGACCAGGCAGCCCGGAAGAUCAUGAGGUUCCUGCGGCGCUGCAGACACCGGAUUAAGGAGCUGAAACAGACGAGGGAGCUGGAGCGAAGGGGGCUGACCACAUAAGUCCUCCUCGGUGCUGGAGGACUGCUGGAGGCACAGAGGGACGGUGGACAGGGGGACGGAGACAUGCCUUAAGCUUUGUUUAUACUUCUUGUAAGACUGCGGCCCAGCGAUGAUGUAAUUGUUUAUACUGGGAAGACGUGGGGGAUCCCUCCCACCACACAGCUGAGCAUGUAAAGUUUUCUUCAGGUCCUUAUUCUGAUGUUGUGGACUGAGAACAUGGACAGAACUCUGAACAGGACCAGAUCGACACAGUUGUGUACCACACAGCUGUCAGUGCAGACUGAGGUUGUGUAACUGUUUGUCACUCAGCAGGUUGUAGAAGAUGUGCAACAAGAAGUAUAAAGCAGCCUUCAGUCCUCCACCUGUCCAUCAGUCCAUCAUGGACCAAAGUCUCCAGCUGAAUGAGCUGUGUGUCCCUCAGCUCGGUCUUACAGGCAGGUGUCUCUGUGUGAACCUGACCAGGUGUGCAGGCUCACCUGUUACCCACAAUGCCCUGCAGCUGAACAGGACUCUUCUGUAAAUCUUUAUUUAAUCUUUAGACACCCAGAGGAACCUAUAUUAUUAUUUAUUACAGCAUGAACUGUGUGCUGCACUGACUCAAGUCUUAACCCCACCCCCAGCUGCUGUUUCCAUGGUAACCCCAGCAUGACCACACCCCCUCUGCACUUUGUUUUGUUGCCGUGACGAUUUGCACGAGUUUAUGUUUUCUUCUUUUUCUGCUUCUGAAAACAUGAAAUGUUUGUUGUCCAAGAAUAAAUCAGGUGUUUAUUAUU